AUGCGGGAUCAUUUCUGGCGACGCUGGGCGGCAGAAUAUCUUAACACUCUUCAGACACGAAGCAAAUGGUCUCAGCCUCAACCAAACGUGAAGCCUGGAGAUCUCUGUCUAAUCACGUCGGAAGUCACACCGCCAACCAAAUGGCCAGUUGGAAGGAUUAUAGAGGUCUACCCGGGCUCCGAUGGCAAAAUUCGAGCUAUUGUCACUAUGGAAAUGACGUUGCAUCGUGUAUUAAGGAACGUGACGUUUUUGACUGUGACUAUGUCUUCGCUUAUAAAAUAUCAUAUACAUUGGUAUCAAGCCAAUAGAGUAAGUUACAAUAUAAAGCAUUACUAUUUUCAAACAGCUGUUUCUGCUGAAGUAACUGACACUACUACUCCACGCAAACAUAUAAAUAAUAAGAAUAUGAGUUACUUAAUUAAAAGUGUGAUCAUGCAUAGAGAAGCAAUUCUGUUUUGCAAUGAAUAUGAUAACUACAUUAAGUUAUCGUAUACACCUCUAAUAAUAUUGGCGAUAAUUUCUCUGAGUAUAAAUUUAUUUCUGUCUCAAUCUAUGCUCCAUUCUGCAAAUAUCGGAGAUUUACUACUCUUCUUAAUGUUAGUCGUAGGAGAAGUGCAAUAUAUGUUUUUGACCAAUUUUGCAGUACAGUUUGCGAUCGAUGGUGCUACUAACAUAUCCAUAUACAUAUAUAAUACCAGCUGGUACGAAACAUCUAUAGCCACGCAGAAAUUGCUGCAGAUGGUCAUACUAAAAAGCAAUCAAGGCUAUUCUUUCACAUUUUAUAAUAUGUUUUAUGCAUCACUGCGAGGCUUUUCGGUGCUAUUUCAAACAUCGAUAUCCUACUUUACGGUAUUGAUAUCUUUAAAAUAA